GCCCCAGCCCUUUGGGCCCCAGCCCAGGCGUGUCCUGCACAGGCGUAGCCGGUUCUGGAGCCAGAGCUGCCCCGGCCAGCAUCCCUGCGGGGAAGUCCCCAAGAGGGAAGCUUCUCAGGGUCCACCCAAACGGAGCCCGAAACGGGCCCCUUGGGGCAGGCCUCCCGUGGCUGUGAAAACUUUAGAAAAAGAGCAGAGCUUUUAAGAUCUUAGGACUCUGGGAAGAACCGGCGCAAGCAAACGUCCCAGAGGAAGCUUGAGUCCUUGGGGAGCCAGAGACCACUGUUUGCAAGGCAGUCACGUCCUGCGCCGGCCGGGCCGGAGCGGUGGGAGGCACCGCGCUUAUUUCGGGACGCGUUGUGGUUUGCAGCACUUGCGGCGGCUCGGUCGGGUUCCCCAGCUCUCCCUGGGCCCAUUUCUUAGGGCGAAAAUGCCUGCCCUUCACAUUGAAGAUUUGCCAGAGAAGGAAAAACUGAAGCUGGAAGUUGAACAACUUCGCAAAGAAGUCAAGUUGCAGAGACAACAGGUGUCUAAAUGCUCUGAAGAAAUAAAGAACUAUAUUGAAGAACGUUCUGGAGAGGAUCCCCUGGUUAAGGGAAUUCCAGAAGACAAGAAUCCCUUUAAAGAAAAAGGCAGCUGCAUUAUUUCAUAAAUAACUCUGGGGAGCCACGUCAUUCUCAGUGGAAGAGUUAGUUCGUUUUAGUUUUUCCAAAUGAAACCAACAUGCCUUUUAAGGAAGGGAAAAAUGAAAUUUGAACAAGACUUUCUUAAGCCCUUGAUAGAUAUGGCUAUGUACAAAAGCCUCUGUGCUUCUCAUCUUUGCUCACUUUGCACCCCUUUUGAAAAAGGACAGAAAGAAUCAAAUGUACAAUUAUGGAAGUAAGGACCUUACUCGUGCACGACUCACCUCUUCAGUAUAUUGCUUGAUGCCUCAAAUAAAAUUUUAUCUCUGGAAAAUAA